AUGAAUACUCAAAUUGUGUUAUUUUUAUGUGAUGCGGUGCUUAAUGAAAAAAAGAAACGAUCUCAAGUCUCUUGCCGAGAAUACUAUUUGUAUAAAUUACAAAUCAAGUCUCCUGGCAAGUUCGUGUUACUUCAUACUGGUAGACUAUUUCAACAAUAUGUUGUAGAUAUGUAUGUUAAGAUUGAAACUACUAGACUAGAUUAUUUUCGUAAUAACCAAAAAAAAUUUCGUGCCGAACUUUAUCAAGGCAUUGUAGAUAGUGUUGAAAGUGGAGAGACGAUGGGGUACAAAAUUGGAAGAAAGUUUGUUCUUCCACAAUCUUUUAAAUGUGGUCCGAGAGAUUUGCUAAGGAGAUAUAUGGAUACAAUGGCUAUUGUACAACGUUAUGGAAAAUUAGAUGUAUUUUUUAUUGUAACAUGUAAUCCUAAUUGGCCAGAAAUUAAGAAAGAACUAAGGCACAAUGAUGAUGUUCAAAAUCGAUCAGAUCUAAUUGUGCGUAUCUUAAGAGCAAAAUUAGAGGAGUUGAAAAAUGAUUUAUAUAUGAAAAAUAUACUAUGCCCUGUCAUUGCUCAUAUAUUUAUGAUUGAAUUUCAAAAAAGAGGACUCCCUCAUGCACAUCUAUUGCUAAUUUUCAACUGUGGUCACAAAAUUUGUUGUACUGAACAUGUUGAUAAGAUAUUUUCCUGUGAAAUUCCUGACAAGGAGAAACAUUCUUAUCUUCAUUCUGUUAUUGUUAAACACAAUAUGCAUGGCCCUUGUGGAAACGUAAAUCCUAAGAAUGUGUGUAUGGAACCAAAUAAAGGUUGUAAAAAUAAAUAUCCGAAAGAUUAUUGUAAUAGUACUAUUUUUGGUGAUGACUCUUAUCCAUUGUACAGACGUCGUAAUAAUGGUAUUUCUGUUAAAGUUAGAGGUCAAAUUUUAGACAAUCGUUGGGUCGUACCAUAUAAUCCUUAUUUAAGUGCUAAAUUUGAUUGUCAUAUUAAUAUUGAAGUAUGUUCUUCUAUCAAAGCCGUUAAAUAUCUCUACAAAUAUGUGUACAGAUGUCAUGAUCGUAUUAAUUUUUGUAUAGAUACAAAUGAAACAAACAAAGAAAUUGAUGAAAUUUCAGCUUAUCAAUCUGUUAGAUGGAUAUAUCCUCCUGAGGCUAUGUGGAGGAUUCUUUCUUUCAAUUUGUCCGAUAUUUAUCCAUCUGUUUACUCUUUACAGCUUCAUAUUGAGGAUCAUCAACAAGUAACGUAUGCCAAUGAAGAUGAUUUAUUUACUAUUAUUCAAAAAGAAAAUACGAGGAAAACUAUGUUAACUGAAUUUUUUCGAAUGAAUGAAACAAACGAAUUUGCUCGUACAUUAUUAAGACCAGUAUCUUUUAAUGAUUUACGAACUUUGAACGGUGUAACUAUUCCUACAUAUCGAGAAGCAGCACUUCUACAUGGUUUACUAAGCGGAGAUAAUCACUGUGAAGAAUGUAUAUCUGAAGAUAUUUUGUAUGAGAUGCCUACUGCUUUAAGACGUCUUUUUGCUACACUUCUUACGCUUUGCAAUACUAAUCAUCCAAAACUCUUGUGGGAUAAAUUUAAAGUUUAUAUGAUUGAUGAUUAUGUAUAUCAAAAUAUAUCUGUAGAGGUUGCUGAAUUACGAGCUUUAGAAGAUAUCAGUUCUAUUUUGAAAUCAUUAGGUAAGAACGUAAACAAUUAUGCAAUGGUGUCAUUCAAUGUAAAUAUAGAUGAGAUUGAAAAGUUGAGAAGAAUGGUUGAAGAUGAGACAAUUCAUUUUGAUACUCAAGGUGGAUUUGAUUGUGCAACAACAUUAAAUAAAGAACAACAGUUUGCAUAUGAUACAAUCAUGAAAAAAGUUAAAUUAGAAUCAAACGGUGCUUUCUUCAUUGAUGAUCCGGGUGGAACAGGCAAAACUUUUUUAUAUAAAGCACUCCUAAGUGGUGUAAGUUCACAAAAUUUAAUUGCCUUGACAACAGCAUCAUCUAGAGUAUGUGCAUCUCUUUUACCUAGAGGUCGAAUAGGUCAUUCAAGAUUUAAAAUUCAUUUGGAAACAAUUGGUAAAAUAAGCUGUUCUGUUGGCAAGCAAUCAGCUUUAGGAAAUUUGUUGAACAUGUCAAGAUUAAUCAUUUGGGAUGAAGAACCGAUAGUCAAUCGUUCUACUGUGGAAGCUGUAGAUAAAAUGUUUAGAGAUAUUACUGAUUGUAAUUUGCUCUUCGGUGGGAAAGUAGUAGUUCUCGGAGGUGAUUUUCGACAAGUUCUACCAGUUGUACGAAAAGGAAAAAAAUACGAUAUAAUGAAAGCUAGCUUAGUUUUCUCUGACUUAUGGCCUUCCUUUUUGCAUCUUCCAUUAACCGAAAAUAUGAGAGCUAAAUUGGAUCCCACUUUCUGUAGUUACUUGCUAAGAAUUGGAGAUGGAAUAGAGAAAAAGCAUACUUGUAAAUGCAUUGAACUUCGAGAGGAUAUAGUUUUACCAUUUGAAGAUGAAAUUUCAUCCUUAAAGAAUUUGAUACAUCAUUUUUUUCCAGAUAUAGAAACAUAUGCUGAUAACCUCCAAGCGAUGGCAAAUCGAGUUAUUCUUACACCUACAAAUGAAUGUGUUGAUCAUAUUAACAGAAAUUUAUUUGAACAAAUUCCUGGUGAAAGUUAUGCAUACUAUAGUUUUGAUGAGGCAAUUGAUAAAUUAGAACAAAACUUGCAAGAAGAUUUUUUACAUAGUCUUAACCUUAAAUGGCAUUCCACCCCAUGA